AUGAACUUUUUAGGAUUAAACAAGAAUAAAACGUUCAAGCCAAAAAAGAACGUACCAGAAGGUACAAAGCAACAACAACUUCAACAGUACGCAGAAGCUACGCUUGGCUCAGGUAACUUGAAACUGGCAGUGGUCUUACCAGAAGGCGAAAACAUUAACGAAUGGUUUGCCGUGAACACGUAUGACUUUUUCAAUCAAAUCAACAUGCUUUAUGGUACAAUUACGGAAUUUUGCACGCCACAAGAAUGUCCGGUAAUGUCGGCUGGGCCACAAUUUGAAUAUUAUUGGUCGGAUGGAUUUAAGAAACCAACUAAAUUAUCAGCACCAGAUUAUGUCGACCAUUUAAUGGAAUGGGUGCAAAAUCAAUUAGAUGAUGAAGCCUUGUUUCCAAGUAAAAUCGGAGUCCCAUUUCCAAGGAAUUUUCCACAAAUAGUCAAAACGAUAUUCAAACGAUUAUUUCGAGUGUAUGCACAUAUUUAUUUAUCUCAUUUCCGGGUAAUAGUUGCAUUAGGAGAAGAGGCUCAUUUAAAUACUAGCUUUAAACAUUAUAUUUAUUUUGUAAAUGAGUUUCAAUUAAUCGAGAAAAAAGAAUUACAGCCAUUAGCUGAAUUAAUUGACAAUCUAACCAGUCAAGAUAAAAUUUAA